AAGCUCAGUUUCCAUAAGCUUUUCCUCACAGCUAUCCACAAAGAGAAGGAGAGAGAGAGAGAGAGAGCUCUGCCUUAACAAUACGGUGAGAGUUGCUAGAAAUGGCAGUGAACAUAUCGUAUGAUCAUGAAGAUGAUGACUACAUUGACAUGGAAGUGAGUUCAUACUCCAGCUUCUUCUGCAACUCCGAAAGCUCUAUCCCACAAGCAAGAGAGUUUGAGUUUCAAAUGUCUUCAGUUUCAUUUGAAAAAGAUUCGACAACUUCACCAGCUGAUGAGCUCUUCUACAAAGGAAAACUCCUUCCUCUUCACCUACCUCCUCGUCUGCAAAUGGUGGAAAAGCUCCUGCAACACUCCAACUCUCCUUAUGAUUGCAGGAAAAAUACCUUGGAAGAAUUCUUUAGCACCCCAUUAAUGACCACAGCAACAACGCCAACUACAACGAGCACCCCAUUUGAAUCCUGCAACAUUUCACCUUCUGAAUCUUGUCGUGUUAGUCGAGAACUAAAUCCUGCAGAGUAUUUUUUUGAGUACUCAAAUGAAGAAGGUGGUUUCAAUGGUGAAAACCGAAAGAAGACAUGGACGAAAAAGCUUAAGCUAAUCAAGCAGUCGUCUCUUAGUUCAAGGCUGAAGGCUUCCAGGGCUUAUCUCAAAUCUUUAUUUGGCAAAUCUGGCUGCUCUGAUGAUUCCUGUACAGCAGCAUCAAAAGUUGCAGACGAAGGAAUAGUUUCUAAGCCAUCAAGAAAAGUCCCUUUUGGACAAAUUCAAAAGGAAAAUUUUCAACUGCCAACAACUCGUAUCCGCAAUGGUAACAAACAGAAGAUCAGUAGUGAAGAUGAAGAUAAUCGCCUUCACAGGAGAUCGUUCUCCAUGGCCCUCAGACGCCAUUCUACAAACAAGUCUUCCUCAUCAUCUUCAAGCUCAACAAAUACAAAUGGCUUUUAUGGGCUGCCAUUUAUAAAGAGAAGCAGCAGUGUAAAUUUAGAAGUUGAGAAUCCAAUUCAAGAAGCAAUUGCACACUGCAAGCAGUCUCAUCAGCAACUGUUCUGCCCAAGAAAGGCAGAAAUUGAACUUUGCAGAGGCUGAACUUCACUGAACAGUUGAAAAUGAAAGAAAAGAACAGAAAAAAAAAAAAUCAUAAAUAAUAAUAACGAGAAUAGCUUGUCAAGUGCUUCUUCUUUCUCUCUCUCUCUCUCUCUUUUUUUUUUAAUAAGUUGAUUAUGGGCAUCCUUUUGUUCAUGGCAUGAGUUGGAGAUGUUAAUGCCAGUAUUUAACAGUAAGCACAAUACCAGAAUGGCAAUGAAUAUGGUGCUUUAUUACAAAAAAUUUAGG